UCUGCUGCGGCUGCGCAUGCGCGGUCAUGGCGGCGCCCGGGUCGGAGGCGGAGGCGGCCAUGGCGGGCCCGGAGGAGCUGGUCUGCGCCGGGGGACGGAACCGCAAGGCCGUGCUCUGCCAGCGCUGCAGCUCCCGCGUCCUCCUGCCCGGGGCGGCGGUCUUCGCCCGCAAAGAGCUUUUCCUUCCGGCCAUGAAGAAGAAGACAGCCCUAGCGGGUGGCUGUGACCCUGAAGGAGACAUCCUCCAAGACCACUGGCUGGUGGAUGACAUGUUCUCCUUCGAAAACGUGGGCUUCACCAAGGAUGUCGGAAACAUCAAGUUCUUGAUCUGCGCAGACUGCGAAGUGGGCCCCAUUGGCUGGCACUGCUUGGACGACAAAAAGAGCUUCUACGUGGCUCUGGACCGAGUGUCUCACGAAUGACGGACCAAAGAACCCACACAGAGCCUCCUGCUGGCCAGAUGGGCCGCUAUAAAUAAUAAUCCCACUCCCCUCGAACGAGCCAGUGCCACCUUUGUAACGUCAACGUGCAAAAUGGUGUUUGUAUUGUUUGUCAAGCAAACUCUGAUUGCCUUGAACCUCUCCCGAGAUAAGCCUUGCUCUAAUUCCUUUUCCUGACUAAUAUGUGGCAUAUUCGUAUUGGGGAUUCUUUAAGGCGUUCCCUUGAUAAUUCACUUCACGUCAGUACGGAACUCAAUAAAAUAUUGAGAUACUAUACACCGAACUAUGUGCUCCCUGAAAAAUCGGCAAUGUAAUAUAAGAGAAAAUAAAACUGUUUAGACUUAUUUUUAUUAUUAUUAUUAUUUUACAACAUAUUGUCUGCAUUUUUUUAUAGUUUUCUGAUUUAUUUUGGACCAAAAGGUGCAGGCGACUGACUUUUAAUGUUGGCAGGCCUGACGGCUGUAACGCCAAAUUCCACAUUAUGAUCAUAAUCUGUUAUUGAAAAUCAAGUUCUGGCAAGUUGUAAGGAGGUAUUUUAAAUGUGAGGAAAUCAGAUGAAGUCUAAAGAGUACCCAAAAGACUUAACAAUAAAUCUGUAGAAACAAAAUGUCUCUGGAGGCACUUAACCUUUCAUAAAUAUUUGUAUUUAAUUAAAUUUCAGUUGUGCUUCUC